GCGAGCAUCGAGGUCAACAGCGACGACGCCAGUGGACGUCUGCCAAGCACUUAUACUCUGGCGGAAACCGCUUUAUCGCGCUGUUCGCCGCGCAAGAAGCUGCACUGCUGACGCCUCUGCUUUGACAAUGGCGGCGGAAGUGUUCCGGACCAUUGAAGGCAUCUUUCUAGCCAAGCACUUUCCGGACGAUGCGGUACGGUCGACCCUUGCCUACAAGCCACGACCUGGAGAUUUGUUCAUCGUGAGCUACCCUAAAUGUGGCACUACGUGGACACAAUAUAUCGUCUACAACAUUCUCACAGAUGCCGAGGGACCGAAAGAUGACCUCGAGUUGCUGCUGCGUCUUCCUUUCCUGGAAAUGCAAGGAGGGGAAGCCGCUGCCUACGCACCAAGACCGGCUGCCUUCAAGACCCACUUACCUUUCGACAAGAACCCGUACUCUCUCGAAGCGAAGUACAUCUACAUUACGAGGAAUCCUUACGACUGCUGCGUGUCGUUUUACUACCACACGCGAAACAUGCCGCCUUACCUUUUCGAGCAUGGUACUUUCGACGACUUCUUCGAGUUAUUUCUUCGAGGCCGAGUCGACUUCGGCGACUACUUCGAGAACGUUCUCUCCUGGUACGCCCAUCGCAACGACCCCAACGUGUUGUUUUUGACUUACGAGGAGCUCAAACGAGACACCGUGUCUGGAGUGCUGAGGAUCGCGGCUUUCAUUGGCGAAGAAAAGCAUAGUAAGAUUAAAGAAAACCCGGAACUUCUCAGUAAAAUUCUCGACAGAUGUAGCUUGCAACACAUGAAAAAAGACGUCAACGAUGGGGGUGAGACGCUGGAAUCUGAAUUGAAAAAUUUGCCUCAGCUCAAAACACUGAAGCCGGAGCUCCUCAGAGGGGUUCAAAAUUUUAUUGAAUUUACAAAGAAACCAAUGACAGGUGAAUUCAUCCGGAAGGGGCAGGUGGGAGACUGGAAAAAUCAUUUCUCAUCCGAACAGAUCCGACGAAUGAAGGAGAAGAUUGCCGAGGCCACGAAAGGAUCGGACCUGAUGAGCUUGUGGAAAGACGUGGAUAUUCCCCGAAUGAACCCCAACUGAGAAGAGCUGCAUGUACUCUGAAAGUAACCGUCGAGGUCAGAAUUGCAGGAAUAACUUUCCGUUCUUGCUUUUGUUGGGCAGAACUACUGUAGCAUGUAUAUUGUUCAACGUGUAUGUUAACGGCUUUUACGAGCAUAAGAUGCUCUAAUCUUUAUAUACGGGUAGAAAUGUUCGGACCAUCAGAUAAAAAUAGGUAGUUUAACCAGCAAUGCUAGAUGAAAACACACUUGUAUAAUUAUGGCGAAAUAUGCCGGAUGAUCUAUAUUAACCAAAACAAUUUUUUUAGUAAUUUUACAGAUACAGACGCUAGGAUGCUCUAUUUCCUAUUUAUCCCUUCAGCGCAAAGCUCAACCGAUGGACAAGAAGCUUUCGCAAUUCAAUUGUUAAUUAAAUAAAUUUAGGUGAUUUUCUUUUUACUUAGGUGCUUUAGCCCCAAAUAUCUAAGCAGGACUGGCCUCGCGUGAAGAAAACCAAAUAAACAAUUUAAAAACGGCAUUGUUGGUAUCAUC